AUUUUGAACGCAAAAGCAUACGGUUGUGUUUAUAUAUAAACGUUAAAUAAAUCUAAAUCUCGUUUAGUGGAGAAACCGGAAAACUAAAUAAAAGAAGCACAACAAACAUAAAUAGUUUUUAGUAAAAAAUUAUGGCACAUAAUGUGGAAGAAAACACAUUCAACUUAUAUGCAAAGAAUGUUGUUUAUAUUGGGGGUUUCGGUGGCAUCGGCGUAGAAACUUGCAAGCAAUUGCUGCAGAAGGGUGUUGCGAAUUUGAUGAUACUCGAUAAAACGUGGAAUGAAUCAGCCCACAAAGAGCUUAAUGCGGUCGACACGCAACGCGUAUUUCAAUUCAUGGAGUUUGACAUCACCUGCGGUUUGGAUAAAACACGCCAAGUGUUCGCACGAAUAAUGGAAAAAUUCGGUUACAUUGAUGUGCUAAUUAAUGGCGCGGGUAUAUGCGAUGAGCAAGACUACGAUCUGAUCAUUGCCGUAAAUUUCACGGGUACAAUUAAUGCAACACUUGUCGCCUAUGACCUAAUGGAUAGGAGUAGAGAUGGUCAGGGCGGAGUGGUAGUGAAUAUAUCGUCGGUAGCUGCGUUGACGCCAUUCCCCGUCUUGCCUAUUUACAGUGGGACCAAAGGAGGAGUUCUUAGUUUUACCAGAGCGCUAUCGGUAGCAUCUGGAACCGAAAACUGGCAUAACUUUAUACACGAUUUGCCCCGGCAUAACCGACACCAAACAUUGGGACAAUGUAAACUAUUUUCAACGGAAGAGUCUCCAUUUAAAAGAGAGAUCGCGUGGGAAAACAUUCCCCUCACAGACGCCAGUCGAUUGUGCAACAAAUAUAGUCAAAAUUAUUGAAGCCAAUCAGAAUGGUUCCACUUGGAUGUGCGAUAUGGGACAACGCAAGAUGGUCGAAAUUAAGAAUUUCUGGUGUCCAAACAAGCAAAACGAAGAAGGGCAAACUUGUCGUAACUUACAGUGCAAAGUGAUUGAAUGAGUUUACAAAUGAAAUAAUUUUGUGAUUACAGAUAAAACGCUGCAUCCGAGGAAGCGAGUCUGCAAUAAUGAUGUACGAGUGAUAGAUUAGGUGUAUUAUCAAUUUGAGAAAUAAGCGCAGAAUAUAUAGUAGACCACCGUCGUCUGACUAGGUGACUUUUUUAUGUAGAUAAUUUUGUAACUUCUUUUUUAUUUACGGGAGUUUUUUUUUAAUUUUGAAAUUGUUGGAUUUUUUAUACCAUAAACGUAGGUAUAUCAUAGAUAUGUAGAUAGAUAAAUAAUACUGUGAAAGCUAACCAAUUUAAACAUACCUCCAAAUGUAUGUACGUACAUUUUGUAUGCCCGCAAGUAUUUAUUAUUAUCACAUUUAUUAGCUUGCUAUUUAUUAACUACGUAUAAAUACCCAUUUCAAUAUAAAUAAUUUUGAUUUAUGGAGAGUAACUUAAAAGAGUUUGUAUACAACUUCGCCAUGUUAGUCUUAAUGAGUGAAAAUCUAUUUGAAAGCUCCAUGUCUUUCCAAUGCAAUUUCUUAGUGGUUUUCAUAUACUCAACGUUACCUCGCCAGUUUGCAUUUCGUGUAUUUUUUAUGAUUUUUUCGAACCUAUUUACCAACUGCCAAUUUGACAGUUAAUACAGUUAGAACACAAAGUAAGCACACAAAGUAUUCAGCUGUUGUAAAGCUUUAGUUUAAUCAGUAAAUACAAUAGAAGUCAUUUUAUUGUCGAAGUGCCAAAUUACUCAUGAAAGAGCCUUUCAAAAAUAUAAUAACUCCUAUAAAUGUAUAAAUAAACAAGAUAAGAACUGGAUAUUCAAUGUUAAUGUUAAAUGGAUCGGGAAGAAUACUUCACAAAAAACUUAAUCCACAUAGUAAUUUUAUGCCGAUUUCGUUUCUACCAAAAAAUGCAACCUUCUCUUUGCCCUCUACGCACAAACAUUAAGAAGAAGGCGAUGAGAAGGCAACAUUUUAUGUAGAAAUGAAAACGCCAUAAGCCAACUUAAUGCUUUCGCUUGGUUCUCACUCAGCAUUUUAUUCUUAAUACAUAUAAAAAUACAAACUAAUCUAAAAACGACAAUGUUCAAGUGUGUCCAAAAAUAGGGAUGACCACCCAAACUAUAUUUCUAUACUUUUAUAAAUGUACAACUGUAGAUAUUCGAUAAAACAACUUAUCUCGAGUUCAAUUACAGUUUAUUAGGCUUUUUUGUUACACGCAUACGUAUCUGCGCUUAAAAUUUGUAUGGAGCUGUAAGCGACAAACUUUGUGUGCGCUUAUUAAUAGUUGUCGAUAAAAUCAAAAUUACUUGUUUUUAAAUGAAAAUUGCCAUUGCUUGUUCUUUUAUACGUUAAGUGUAUAUUAUAUUUAUAUUUUAUGUAAAACUAAGACCAUUCAACCAUUUAUAAAUACAAAAUACAUUAAUUAAAAUUUAAAGUCAACAAAUUUUAUAUAUAUAUGUACUAUAAAUACACAUGUACUUAGUAAAUAAAAUUUUUAAUUUUUGUACGAGGGCCCAUUUUUUCUCCAAAACCACAUAUGUAGCUUGUUUUAUUAAAAGUCCACAGAUAGGAAUUUACUUCAAAUGUAUUAUUUUAGUUUAAGAAUAUAAAAACUGCCGGAAUCAUAUCAGUUGCUAAGCCAAAAGCUGACAGCUUAUUUAUUAAAAGAGUUGUUAAUUAAACAUAAGCUUAGUAAUAAUAAAAUUCUGCUCAUUGAUUG